AUGAAUGUAUAUAAUUUUGAUAAAAAACAGGCACAUAUUUUAGUAAAGAAAGCAUUGGAAUGUGAAGAGUUUGGCUUGAUAGAAGAGGCAAUUGAAUUUCAUUCGCAGGCUGCCAACUACUUUAACUUGGCUAUUUUACAAACAACGAAUGAUCAAACAAUCAAUGCUUUGAAGAUUCUCUCGCAAAAUCAUGCAUCGAAAGCAAAUGACCUAAGACAAUAUCACGAAUUGACAAUACUUAAUAAAUUACAAAAUAACUCGAAAAAUAAUAAUAGUUAUCAAUCAUAUAAUCAUUUUAAUAAUUAUAAUCAUUCUAUAAGUACAAGUACAACAGCGUCAUCAUCAUCCAUUAUAAACUAUGCUUCGCCUGUGACACCAACUACAGAAUCUGCACUACUAAAUAACAAUGAUUUCUAUCCCAAUUUGAAUUCAACACCACCAACACCACCUACAUCUCAUAACCACUACAAUGAAUCCUAUAGCAACUCCAGUAAUACCAAUAACAGUUCACCUCUUUCCAACUGGUUUGGUAUAGAGAAACUAAUGGAUAUAUUACCUAAACCUCAAAUUAUAUUCCAAAGGAAUAAAAAUAACAAAGAUAAUAAUAAUAAUAGCAACAAGAAUAAUAAUAACAAUAGUGGUGGUGGCAAUAAAUUAGGAAUUGUAGAUGGUUCUUUAUUAAAUAGUUUCUAUAUGGUUGAAUCGGAAAGAGAAAGAGAAAGUGAAAGAGAUUCAUUCGAUCAUUUUAGUAGUAAUAAUAAUAAUAAUAAUAAUCAAGGAAUGCUAGGAAGAAGUGAUGGUAGUACGUGUAGUAAUAGUAGUAGUAGCUAUAUAGAUCAAAAUUUGAAUUGUAGUACGAGUAGUAGUAUGAUGGAGGUAGAGAAACUAGACAAUCAAAUAAAACUCCAACAAGAAUUGAAUUUGGUGAAUCAAACAGUGAAGGUGUUAAUCGAUGAAAACGAGAGAACCGCAAGAUACCUACGAAAUAUCACUCAAGAGAACAUCUAUUUGAAACGUUGUAUCAUACAGUUUCGUCAGGAAAUGAAUAGAGAACUCGAGAAAAAGACAUCCAACUUAAAGUAUUCCGAUAAUAAUUUCAAUAACCACAAUAGUACUACUACUACUAAUUAUAAUGAUGAUAACAACAAUAAUGAUAGUGAAGUUUAA